AUGGCACCCAAAUGUAUUGUUGUGGGCGGCCUGAACGGCCAACUACGACCUUUUUUCACCAAGCUCGGGAAGCUGCAGCCCAAGCAAAAUUUCUCUUUUGCAAUCAUUGUUGGUAACCUCUUUGGUGAUUGCUCAACCGAAGAGGAAACUUCGGAUGUCCAUGCACUCCUCAAGGGCGAGAUAGAGGUGGCAUGUCCAACCUAUUUCAGUCUCGGAAACCGCCCUCUCCCACCUCAAGUGGUCGAGAAAAUCGAAGCCGAUGAUGAAGUAUGCUCUAACUUGUUCUUCCUGGGGAAGCGAGGUAGUCUCAAGAACAUGGAAGGUAUUCGGAUUGCUGCUCUUGGUGGAACUCUCGGGGAGUCGAAGGGGGACUCCAAACCAGAGAGCAAUGCCGGUGGCAAGUUCCAGCCAACAUAUAGCGAGGCCGAUGCGCGCGCACUAUUCGGAAUUCACAAAACGGAUAUUCUCAUCACCAAUCAAUGGCCCAAGGAUGUGCGCCUUGGAUCGGGGCAGAAAGUCUCUGGAGAUGAAAGCGAGUUGCCAUCCGAGCUGCAAUGUCUCGCCGAUGUCUCUGCCACCCUUAGACCCCGAUACCACUUUUCAAGCUCAGACGGCGCCUUCUUUGAGCGUGAGCCUUUCUUCCACAUGCCGACAGAGGAAGGGGGUGGUUAUCAGACGACACGAUUCAUUUCACUGCCGGCAUACGGAUCACGGAAGGACGCAAUGUACGCCUUCAGCCUAGACCCCACAGCAGCCCCUCUUGUCAGUAUCCCUCCUGGCCAUACUAUCUGUCCUUGGUCAGCGGCACAGAGCAAGCGCAAGACGCUCCCCAGCCAGAAAGAAUCGUUCCAGCGCUUUGCUCCCUCAGACGUAGACAGAGACCCUGGUCAUAAGAGACGCCACAAGCAACGCGCUCCUCCUCCAGGUCCAGAUCAGUGUUUCUUCUGCCUCGCUAACCCCAACAUCGCCACUCACCUUGUCACAUCCAUCGGUGAUCACAGCUAUUUGACUACUGCGAAAGGACCCUUGCCGUCAGAAAAAUUCUUCCCCUCUCUGGACUUCCCAGGCCACACACUCAUCAUACCCUUCGAGCACUCCCCCACCAUUGACUUAAUCUUCGAUCCUGAAACCCGCGCUUCAACCUUCGCAGAGAUGCAGCGCUAUCGCGAAUCUCUCAACCAAAUGCUCAACGAGCAAUCAGGUGGUAAACUCGCCUCUGUGACAUGGGAGGUCAGCCGAACAAACGGAAUUCAUACACACUGGCAAUGGCUCCCAGUGCCCGUGGAAAAGGUCCGCGGACGUCUCGUAGAAGCCGCAUUCCAAAAAGAAGCCUCCAACCUGCGCUACGAGAAAUUCAAGACCAUCCAAAGCCGCGAAAACAUCGAUGAACACGGCAUGGACGAUUACUUCCGUCUUUUCAUCUGGACUCCCCCGAGUGCCGAGAGCGAACCCAAAAGUGAGGGUGAAGCGCAAGAUUUGUGGUCUGCUGCUGGUCACAAGGGUGUUUACAAGACUGAGUCUGGCGAAGAGAAGAUCACAAUGAUGCCCAUUGGGCCUGAGACCCGAUUUGAUUUGCAGUUCGGUCGACGUGUCAUGGGCAAAUUGCUGCUGUUGGAUAAGCGGCUGGAUUGGAAGGAUUGCACACAGACAGAGGAGGAAGAGACAAAGGACGCGGAAGCUUUCAAAUCAGCGUUCAAGAAGCAUGACUUCACUUUGGAGAUGGAUGAGUGA